AUGACAUCGGACUCGAUCCCACAUCGCCCAACAGAGUCUCUCAUCCUCCCCACUAAACGCCGCUUCUUUCCUUUCAAGAUCCCCAACUUCCACACACAGCUCCGCCACUAUAUCAGUACCGCCGAUCCUGAUCGCAUCUAUGUCGUCGUCGAAAGAAUAGUGUAUGCGAUUCACAUUGCUUCCCAGAAAAGGGAGGAUAUUGCUGUCAUUCCAUUUGAGCCGCGAUGCUUAGCGGCCGGCUUUGGGGGCCUACAAGCCCACGAGGGAAUACCCUCACACUUACCAUCGGAUGUGGAUAGUGCUCUACCGGUUGACAUUGACCCAGCCUCGCGGUUGUCGACAUUGGAGAAUCCGACCGAUGGCCCAUCAUCGACUCGGCAUAUCACAAGACAGUCGUGGCCAGAGUUUGAACGUCAUAAAUUCGGAGGGAGUAUUGUGAAUUCGGUGACUAUUCAUCAGUUCCCAGGAACAGAGGAAGAUGCCGCGCCUGAGGAUGUGUUGAUAAUAAGCAAUAACGACCGUACCGUCACUGUCUAUUCGCUCACCCAUGCUCUGGUCGUCAAAGUCUUUCACCAUCCGUUUUGCAUGAAUUAUGCAAUCGUGUCGCCAGAUCAUAGCUUGCUUGCUGCUGUCGGAGAUGAGAACCGAGCCUACUUUUAUACCAUCACCCGUGAUUGGGAGCUAUCAUCCUCCAAAGACAAAGAAACCGAGAAGAUCAUGACCUGGGGAUGGGAGCUAAUUCGAUGUCUUUUUCUCCGUCUAGUCAUCUGUGUGCCAUCGGAUCUCAGUCCGGGAUUAUCACCGUCCUGGAUGUCAACCUCGUUCGCCACUCAGACAGCGAGACAGCAGUCAUUUGCCACUUCCCGGCUUCUCGAACGUGUUCUGAAGGGGGGUGCUGUGCGCUGUAUGACUUUCUCGCCUGAACCCUGGGACCUAUUGGUUUGGCUGGAAGGUCAUGGCCGAGCUGGAGUGGCAGAUGUUCGCCAAGCAUUCCUGCGCAGACAAACUUUGUAUUUGGAUACCAAUGAGCCCUUGCUCCAGAAGGUUCACACGGAAAGAUUGAUCGUCAACGACCCUGAAGGGAGCCUUUCAGAUGAUGAUGACUUGGAAAUCGAACCUCAAGUGGGAACAGACGCCGACGAAUCGUUGAAUGAACGUACCGGAGAUGGAAAUGGACUUCGCGAUUCCCUAAUCCAAGAUCUCGGGGAUCGCGAGAGACUCAUUUUGGAUUUCCUCAAUGCUGCUCGAUGGACAGCGAGGGCAGAAGAGAGUUUCACUGAGCGGCCAGACCGGCCAGACCGGCCAGAACGACCAUCGAGAGCUGGCUUGCACCCUCAAGCAACGGCUCGUACGCGCCAUCACGGUUCCACAGAUGGGGCCACCCGCACAUCCCGUCCUACUUCGCCUCGACAUUCAUACGAAACUGCUGACAGUUCUCUGGAUAGCCACCUGGACCGGGCAGGGAGUGACCGCUCCUCGUUUCAGCCUAGACGCCAGAGCUCAGUAAUACUCUCACAAGGCAGCAGAUCCCCAGAAGUUGGGUCUUCUAGCCAAGAUCGACAGUCAAACUCGCUACGAUGGACUGCAUCACGUUCCGCCGAGCUGACAGCAAUUCAAGCGGAUGUCAUGCACCGUCUAAGCUCUGAUCCGGACGUUCUCUCCGACGAUUUCCACUCCCGUGAUUUUUUUGAUCUCCCACCGCGACCGACUGAUGACUCCGGGCCCAGCCUUGAAUUCGAAUACACUCCCGAAACACCUCGUCGACGGCCCCAGCGAUCGAGCUCUAUUCCGCGGCGGCCCGAUCGACUAUCGCACAUUGAAUUCUUAGCACGGGAACGAAGAUUCGAUCCUGCUCGAGUCUCUACGUAUGAGAUCAGAGCCAAUGUUGCAGCGGAGCGUCUUCGACGUCAGCGCCGUAUGGCCAAUGCUGUACACGAGCGUUCUUCUGACCGAGACAAUGUGCGCUCGUUAGAAAGGGAGCAUCUGCACCGCCAAAUAGCUGGCCUUGAGCAAGCGAAUUCUGCGUGGGUCAGGAAUGUUAUCAGUGAACUACCCGAGCGAAGCUUAAUUCAUGGCCCCGGUGCCGAAGAGCCGGAUGCCACGGCCGGAGUUGGCUGGGGCGCUGAUGGAAGGUCACUGUACAUCGCGACACUGGAAGGGAUUUUCGAGUUUCACAUCAACAUCCACGAUCGGAAAACCUUCCCUAUCUUCUCAUGUCGAUGA